AUGAGAGUCCUCGGUUUCCCACUAUGCCUCGCGGCACUCUUUGCUAUUGACUUUGCCGUCGGGCAGGACUCUUCUCUAUUGGGGGGUGCUGAGACUACCCCAGCUGCCGGGGAGCCAGUACCCACCUUGACCUCGGAGCCCUAUAUCCCCUGGGACUCUGUCCCCGGCCAGAGCUCUCCAACGACCAUACUUACGAGUGUCACCAGCCCGGAUCCGCCGGCCGAUACUGCCACUGAUGGGACCAACAAGUCCACCACAGAAGUCGAAUCAAGCAUAACCUCGACAGAUAUCCCAUCCGCGGCCAGCACCACCAACGCUACAGCCUCGGAGACGACCUCAUCGGCCGAAGCUACCUCCACAGACAUAACGCUCAUGUCCGAUGCGGACGUGACCGAGUCGGACGAGGAGAUCCCAGAGGACGUCACGACGCCGGAGCAGCACUCUGCCGAGCUGGUCGUCAACCUGCCCUCGACGAAGCCCGACGAGGGCACCGCGCGCGAGAUCGCGGCCAUGGAGACGGUCUUCUUCGACGAUUUCGCCCGCAACGCGCCCGCGCCCGCCGACGCCGGCAAGGUCCUGCUCCCGGCCAACGUCUCGAACUGCCAGCUCAAGCGCCGGAGCCUUCUCGGCAGCGCGUACCUGGGGUCUUUCGUAGCCGAGGACGGGUUCCUCGCGCGGCGCCUGCUGGGGAACAUGGGGAGUUGCACACCCGUGCGGUCGCUGACGGUUAAUAUACACUGGAACUACAUCAAGCGAAACAGGACGGCAUCAGUACCCGGGACAGGGACUAAGUCGUUGAAGAACAGAAUCGAUCAGCAGAUGACACUUCUCAAAAGUGUAUAUGGCCCGAUAGGCAUUACCUUCGUAUCCAAAAGCUACAUGAAUUGGAAACCCCCGGCAAAAGGCUCCAACAGCGACUGGUCUGUCGUUAAAAAGGACGAGGCGCGCCUGGUCGCGUGGCAGAAGCAGUCGUACGAGGGCGGAAAGACAGACCUCAACGUUUGGCUCGUCAACGACCUCAAUACGGCAAGCGGCAGCCCCAACCUGAAUGGAUAUGCUACAUUCCCGGAGGACUACACCAAGACUGGCUCCGAGGACGGAAUCGUUAUGGAACAAGCCCGCAUCGGCCCCUCGAAAUCGUCGACACUUGUGCAUGAGAUUGGCCACUGGCUCGGCCUCUAUCACACUUUUGGCAGACAAGUGAAAAGUGCCUCUGCUGACUGCAAAGUCGGCGACGGGCUCCUAGAUACGACUUUGACCAGAGGUGAUGAAGCGUGGAUAUUCAAGUGCGAGCAGGUCCCCUGCUACAGGGACCUAAGCUCUCCCCCAGAGAAGAUCACCAACUACAUGAGCUACUCCCCAUGCCGCGGCGGAGACCAAGCCUUCACCACGGACCAAAAAGCCGCCAUGUUCGCAAGAUAUCUGACCUACCGCCGAGGCUACAAGGCUGGCGAGUGCAAGUGGCAGGAUCCCAAGAACCAAGUCGCCAAGCGGGACUCGUCCAUGCAGGACCUGGUCAACGGCAAGUGCCCAGACGUACAGGCGCAGGCAGUCCGGGUCCAGGAGGCGCAAAAGGCAGAGACGCCUCGGACGACGACGAACCCGGCGACGACAGGCUCGGCCAAGGCUACUGCCACUGGCGGCUCUGCGACGGGCACGGGUACGGGGACCAAGAACGCCGCUCCGAGGAUGACUGCGGCAGGCCCCGGGUUGGCUGCUGGAGGCCUUGCUGCUUUGAUGUUUGCUAUGUGA